AUGUACCCCGGCCGUGCCUGGCUGGCGCCACGCCCGGCUAGUCUGAAUGGAGAGAGUUUCGGUGAGUUCUCGUAUUUCAUAACAAUCUUCACUUUUUGGAUAUCAUCCUUUCUUCAAAAAGAAGUUUUGAACUUCGUCUUGUUAUACUAAUAAUUUUGAUUUGGAAUUAGAACCAUCAGAAAACGUAGAAAGUAGGGGUUGGACGGGUUGUUUGCAAUUGUGAUGUCAUAUCAAUCACUCUUCUAUCCGAAACUCUGACCUUCAUUCCAUUCAUUCUCACUUAUUUCCCUGUUUUCACACUGUUUUGAGUAAUUGGAAGAUGAAAGUCGUUGAUCUCGUUCUCAUUGUGGAUAAAUUGAUAAGCGUUAAGUGUAUCGCAUCGUUUCUUAUCAAAACUUUUACUUUUUCUCCGUUAUCAGAUCCCCGUCGAAGUCGCUAAUCCCCCGAUCCCACCUUAGACGACCUACUCUGGGUUAGGUAGUAGCUUUUCUCACAUAGUAGUUUAGCUCUCUUAUCCCUCCAAGAAACAAAAGAACUGGCUUCUUUUGUGGUGCGGAAACCGGUCUCUUUUCGUAGAGGUUGAUAAGCGAGUGAUAAUGUUCCGUAAAUUGAAUCUGAGAGCAGGCCGAGGGAACGGAGAAACGAAAAAAGAGAUCGACAUUACCUUUUCUUUACGACUUCUUCCGGGAGAAAUUCCAUUUGGUUAGGGCGAUCGCGCAUUCCCCAAGCUUCUAUUAAUUCCCGUCAGAAGCAGGAAGCAUCGUUGAGCCAGCAGAUCUCUUUUUUUGUUCACAAUACUGUUUUAAAACGAGCAGGCUCAUGGUAUUUAGCAAAUUGAUUUACUGUAACAAACGAAGAGCAGAUUGGGAACCCGUUUUCUUGCCUUAUGUUAGCAUGGAUGGCUUGACUUGUAUUAGUUAAUAUCAGUUUAUAUUAAAAACUGGUACUAAAAUAUUGUACAAGUAUUUUUUUAAAGGGUUUAUCAUCCAACUUUGUGGUUUGUGACGUCAUCCUCCCUUGGUUUUUUUAAUUUUUUUUUUAAUUUUUUAUAUUUUUUGAAACUCGCUAAAUGAAGCCGCAUUUAGGAAGGUCAUGGACAUCAGCUGUACGAUUAUAUUGUUUCCUUGCAUAACAUUAUGAGUAACUCUUUUCGUUUGAUGAAUCUCUGGGAACAAUACUAAUAUUAUUUUCUCAUGAACUCUACUCUUUAAUAAUCGCAAACAAGUUUCCUUCGCUUUUUUUAAUCUACACAUUUCCAUUUCCAAUUUGGAUGUCAUGCAAAUCAAUGCUCGUGGAGCAUAAUUAGAGAAAGUUUUGUGCUUUUGGCAGAGUAAUUGUUGUCUCUUUGCCUCCCCAAAAACAAUAAACGCUCCUAAUCGUUCGUUUUGUGGUUAUCUUCAGAGAUAUUAAUCCCUCGAGCCGGAUGACUCAGCUGUUUUGUUCAGUUUGGUUUAAUGUAUGAGUAUAACAUGUAUAGAUGUAGUGUUCGUCUUCUUUUAAACUUAGGUGUAUAUUUAUGUUGGUCAUCAAUUCCUUUCCAACUGUUGACCCCGUUAAAUGAAGCCAUUCUAACGGAUUCCCAAGGAUCCUUUAAAGGAUCUCUUGACGCUCUUUUCGAAUCCUUUCUUCUUUUUCUUCUCGGAUCCAAUUCCGGGCUGAGAGUGAGGUUUGGCCUUGACUCCGACAAAGGACCUUGAGUCCGAUCUUGUUCGAGGUAUCCCCUCUUCUGUAUUGUCAUUGUUUCCGAAUACGGGUGUUUGUAAUUGGAAUGGCUACUCUUAUGGGUUUCGCUCAGAGUUAUGGGCACUCGGGUUACUUUUAUUUUUAUUACUAUUACUUUUUUUGGGAAGCCGUAGUAUCGCUAAUACAUAUUUUUACGUAAUAAGUCAAAAUUUUAUUAUUGCAAUUCGUUAAAUUUGAUGUGUAAUUUCUCGAAAGGGUAGCAUUUUCUUUACAAGAUCAAUCAAUUUUUUAUAUAUCUUAUUUACUCUAUUUACUUUUCUUACAAAAACGUUUUGAAAGUUCUCCCUUCUUCUGAUCGUUGUAUUGUUCCUUGAAUAUAGGUCAGGCGUUGUUUUAUUCGAAUUUGAAUAGCGACUUGUAACCUCAUUCUUCAAGUUUCGACGGCUUCCAUUCCAACUGUUUCAAUGAGAUUUAUCGUUUGAGUAAACAUUUUUUUCGAUUCUUCGAAGUUUCUGCCAUCACUAUUUCUAACUCAAGGUUCACUUUUCAAACAAACUUUUGUUUUUUUGUUGCUUUCGCACUUUUGAUGACUUGAGUUGUGCAUAACAACACGAAGAUUAUAUUUUUUGUUCAUCUGACCGUUAUUCUCAUAGUUAUUCCAUCAUUAAUGUAAGUUAUUGUCUUUCCUUUUCAGACCAAUUAAUGCGGACGUAUGGACUCCCUUGCACGGUGCAAUCUACCGAUUUCUCCGCCGAACUCCCAUUGUUUGAUGUGAGUAAUUGGUGACUAAAUUAUUAUCUUCAGGAGUUGGAAUGCUCAUCGUCGCGAGCUUUUGAUCCAGUCUUGAUCGCCGCCUCCAGCCGGACUUUCCCAUCACUUCUGGCUGCACCGUGCACCUCCGCCACCGAGGUCAGAAAGAAAAAAACAUAAAAUAUCGGAUAAAAAUCUUCUCAUUUUAAAUAUUUCCAUUCGUUUCAGAUUGAUGCCGAAUGUAAUGCGAUGAGAAGACGGUCCAGCUUGGUGGAGGCCUUCAACAAUGGCAGUCUGUAUGGGGUAAGUUCCAAGUUUUAUACAGACGUCUUGGGGUAGAUAAUAUAAGUUGUUGAGUCGAUUUGAAUCAAGAUAUCUCGGUAGUUUAAAAAUAAUAGAAAGUUUUAGAGUCAAGUUUUGGUUUUUAAAACAAAUUACAAUUUGCAAAAUCUUCAAAUUUGUAAUGUCAUCGUUUCGUCUCUGCUGACGUCGAAUGUAUGCCCAAGGGCUUUUCUUUAUCGAUGUGUUACUCUUCUUUAUUUACAGUACUAAUUUUAGCCCCGGUUUCUCUGUAACAUAUGCGAUUGCAAAUCCGGAAAAAGAUAUUUGUUUACGAAGAGAUCUCUCGAUGGUCAAGAUGUUUAAUAUUUUUUUUGUAAGCGGGGAUUACUUCUUUUGAGUUUUUUUACGUCUCCGAGCGUCCUGCGCUUUUUUAUUCCUCUGGCCAGGUUAUUUCUGAUUUUAUCGCCCCUAAGUUAUGACCUCGAUUCUCGUCGUAAACCUGUUGAAUUCGUCGGAAUUUUUCCUCUGGGGAGCCAUCAUGUGUAAUCCGUCUUCUUUCAUCCAACAGUUUUGAUUAUUGAGAGACUCACUCGAGGAUCUUCUUCAGAAUUAAUUCAAGACUUCUGAAUCCUCCAUCUUGAAUUUGGAGGGAUGGAUCUCUUUAAGUGGGCAUUUGAUCGGUGAAAGUGAGGUCAGAAGAGGGAUUAGCCGCCGUUCCCUGAAGGCAUUCAGAUGCCGCUCUUUUUUCGGUCCGGAUUAAGAAGUCUUCGUGGCGCUCCGGUUCUAAUUUUGUAGAGAAUUUGUUUUUGUUUGAACAUGUCGCUGCUCCCGCCCGCUUCCUUGCCUCAGGCCGAGUCCCAGUAGACUCUUCGGGGGAGACCGUUCGCGUUGUCGCUUUUAAUCGAAAUGAAAAAUCUCCGGAACCACGAUUGUAGAAUGCCCAGCAUCUCGCCGCCGCCCUUCUACUGUAUCGUCAGACAGAAGGCGACAAAUUCCAGAUGUGUUAUCCAGGUCCAUCAAGGACCGCGACACGAGGAUUCGGCCGAUUCUGAAACCGAGAAUAAGGUAAGGAAGGGUUGUGUUUCUAUAAAUGGCUGUGAGUACACUUCUUCUACUGUUAAGAGGUUUAGACAGGAAUCGAGUAAUGACAUGCCCUAAUUACUAUCAAUCUACUCUUAACCGAUCUCACCGCCAUUUACUUGAUAUCACUCAACUACUUUGAUCUCCCGCAUCUCUGAGAAUUGUGUUUUAUAAGAUCGUAUGACCAUUCCAACCCUCGAAUUCUAAAGCCGAUCUUUGGCGUCCCUUCCUGUUUUCGUGAUUCUAAGAUCUUUGUACUUGUUCGAGAAUUGAGUUCUGUGUACAGUAAUUGAAGUUACUCAUCUCUGACAGACAUUGUUUUGGCACGAUCUUGGAUUAUUGGUGUGACCUUGACUCCAAAAGUAUAUAGCACAUCGGUUUCGGGGUCUUGAGUCUUCGAAUGGCUGAUAUAUGGUGGAUGGAAGUGUAUUCGGAGAGUAGUUACUAUCUCCAUGAGUGUUGCUCGGUCAGUUUCUUUACUGUUCCUUGUUUUCUCUUUACUUGGCUUUUAAUAUUCGCUUACCCUGUUCCGUUUCUUCUACUGUUUCCCUGAGGCAACAAAUGAUUGAGCAUUCUCUCCGUCACGUGUAUGUCGUCCACUUUCGCCCGUCAUAUCUCCCACUCAUAAUAGCCGCACUUCCUUUUCGUCGCAACAAUCCCUUCAGAUCCUAAUAUAUUCUUUAUAAGUCCAGCUUCUCUUCAAGAUCUAGUCAUGCGCGUUGUAACCGUCCGAUGUGUGAGGAGAUGUCCCUGAAGUCUUGUUUGCGGUCUUUCCCUUCUCUUUCUCCUUGUUCACCUCAAUCAGUCAUGGGUGGGGGAAGGGAAGGGAGGUAUUUCAUCGGCUCCCGAGCCCUUCGGCUAUCGAUCAUGGCCGCGCGCGACUUGUCGCUCGCCCCACUGCGGAUUCCGCUUUUUUGUUUUUUGUGUUGCGAAAACCGCUUAGCACUUUGCAUUGUUUCGGAGUAGAUUAAGUUACAUUUUGGGGUCAUUUAAUCGGAGCGAAUCGACGCUUUGUUUUGCAGUGCUGCGACAGUGAUGAUAUCGAAGCCGAGGAGCGUCUGAACAUGCUCAAGAGACGUGCUGGAAUCACACCGGUCCAACGGCCGGUCAAGUACCCCAACAGUCAGAGUAAUGUAAGCAGUUUUUGUAGUUGGAAUUAAUACCAUCGAAAUAAUUUUAUUCAAUUUUCUUCAGAAUUCCUCCACACAGUACCCUCCGAGAAGUCUAAUUCGGAGUUAUGCUCAUCAAGUUAGAGAAAGACGGGCCAGAUCUCAACCUCUGCAUCAGAUUCCGGCAAGGAUAUCAAAUGCUGAAGAUUCAGAAGACGAUAAACCACAUUUGAGUCGGGCUGAUCGAUUCAGCAUCGAUUCGGAGGCCGGUCGGAGUUCACAUGAUUCGGGGAUUCGAAGCUCGACUCACAGUAAUUCCAGUGCGACCACUAGUAGUUCAAUCAGUAGUGUUCAUGAGGAGAACUCGGUAAUUUUUAUCUUACUUUUUUGCUAUGUACAGAGUUAAAAUACGGCUGUUAAAAUACGGUAAUUCAAAUCUUUAGGGUCUUUUGUUGGCCGAGGCAUUAUGGGACCAUGUGGCCAUGUUGACGGAGGAACUGCCCUUCCAACUGGGCGACGUUGUAACAGUUUUGGAUUCCACUUCCAACUCCAGGAUGUGGUAUGGCUCCUGUAAUGGGAAGGUCGGAUGGUUUCCAUCAAAUUAUGUCAGAGUUAGAAAGUGUCAAAUGGAUCGAUUUAGUGAUAUCAGCAAUGUAGACUCGAUUGAUGAAUAUCCAAAGAAAAUGAGGAUUCUGAGGAGAAGGGUGGUCGAGGAAUUGAUGGACACUGAGAGAGACUAUGUCAAAUUACUCGACAAUCUUGUACAUGUAAGCUUUUUUAGUGUACCUUAAGUAAAAGUUCAUGUUAUUGUAGAUUUUGUGUUUAAUCGCUAAUUUCGAUGAUUUAAUUACAAACUUUUUUUUGUUUUCAGGGGUUUGUGGAACAAUGUCGUCGUCGGAAGGAGAUGUUCAACGAGGAGAGAAUUCGAAAGAUCUUCUCGAAUAUCGAGCAGAUCUCAUUGUUACAUCACAAACUUUUGCGUGACCUCGAGAUCGCGUUCAAUCAGAAGGCGCCUGAGAGUUCGUGUGUUGCUAAUGCUUUCCUCAGGAAUGUGGGUUCAUUAUCUGUUUAAUGAAUCGCUGUUUCCUUUUAGAGUCACAAUUUCGCGACUUAUACGGAGUACUGUAACAAUCGACCUAUCAGUUGUAAUGAGUUGGAAUUAUUGGAACAACAGCCACAGUAUCAUCAUUUCUUUGAGGUUAGUGUUUAAUUUUGGUUUAAUUAUGAGAUUAGAUCUUGAAUUAAUCCAGUUAAUUUAUAAAUCGUUUUAUUUUAGGCCUGUCGUCUUCUCCGCGGAAUGGCCAAGUUGUCCUUGGAAGGAUUUCUUUUAACCCCUGUCCAGAGGAUAUGCAGAUAUCCCCUGCAACUAUACGAACUUUUAAAGGCCACUCCAGCCACUCAUCCAGACAGAUAUCCAUUGGAACAGGCUCAUCGAACAAUGAAAGCGAUGGCUUCUCAUGUAAAUGAUGCCAAACGAAGAAUCGACGCCAUUCAGAAGAUCGUUCUCUGGCAGAAAAACGUUCAUGGAUUCAGGGUAAGUGCUUUUACAGCAUUAUUUUACCUGACUUUGUUAUUACGGAUUAACUUUUUAUAUUGUUUUAGGGUCCAGAUUUGAUAGAUAACAACCAUAGGAUAUUGAUAAGCGGAGAGUUGCAAUGCAAGGCCAUAGUAAACAACAUGGUACAAUGGUCGAAGGCAGUGCAUGUGUACAUGUUUGACCAGUCAAUAGUUCUGUGCAAGAAAGAUGUUUUAAAAAAGAAUUCUUUGGUCUUCAAGGAGAGAAUGUCGCUACAAUGUACAAAUGUAGUGGAUAUUCCGGAUGGUAAAGGUAUGUUAAAAAAUUUGCAUAGAGUUUCAUAUCAAAUUUGCUAGUUUAAAAAGUCAAUGUAAUUUUAUUGCAGAUGUCCUGACCAGCUCCACACUACGUAACAGUUUCAAAUUAUCGGGUCCCAAGCGUGAUUACAUCUUCUCUUGUGUGGACCCCGCCACAAAAUCAUUGUGGCUUGACACUUUCAGACAACGACCCCGACCUCAGCCUCCCACGAAUCUCGAAAAACGCCUCGCUCUCGUCACCUUGGCCAUGUCUAUUUAA